CCAUCGUACUGACUGGCCCCUUAUAGCUGGGUCCUGCAGCCUCUCCUCUCCUCACACUCCAACCUGCUCAUCUCUCAGCUGGACAGUAAGGGCCGUUCACACCACACACUGACAACAUGUUGGGGACACUCUGCACUCUCAUCACUGUGCUCUCAUGUGUGAGUGGAGUAACAGUGGUGACACAGAAGCCUCCUGUUCUGUCAGUGAGUAAAGGAGAUACGGCCACUUUAGACUGUAAUGUUGGGACUGGGGGUGAUAGGGCUGUCUGGACCAAGCAGGUUCCAGGUGGAGUUCCUCAGUUUGUGCUGUAUUUCUACCAUUCAAACAGCGCUCCCACAUAUGGAGCUGGUUUCUCCUCUCCCCGCUUCACAUUGAAUCAUCAGAGUAAAUCUGAUUAUCGAAUGAUAAUUAAAACUGUGGAGGCAGGAGACUCAGCAGUGUAUUACUGCACCACAUGGGAUGGCUCUGCUAAAGAGUGGGUAUUUGGCCAAGGCACCAAGCUGAUUGUCACUGAUUCUUCUCUUGCUGCGCCUACCCUCUCUCUCCUGCCUCCAUCCAGCGAGGAGCUGAAGACAAAUAAAGCCACGGUGGUGUGCCUGGCGCAGAUGUCUGUUGGGUUCGCUGAUGUCAGCUGGACAUCGGACGGGAAACCAGUUACCGGCGGGGUUUUUACCGGCACCGCCGAACAGAAACCCGACAAAACCUUCGGUUUGAGCAGCUUCUUAACCAUCACGCCCUCCGAAUGGAUUACCGACCGCGUCUUUACCUGUAAAGUAUCUUCCGCGUCUAAAACCUCAGAGAAAAGUAUCAAAAAGUCUGACUGCAGCGAGUAAACUUCGUGCUUUCCCGUAUCAAACGUUUGAUCUCGCGUUGUAUCUGCAGUAAUCUCGCUAUAGACUAUAGGCUUAGUAAAUGUAAGUGAAUUGUUUUUAAAAUAACAUUAGUACACUUUCGAGAUUAAAUGUUGGUUAUUCCAUGCGUUUAUUUGAGGAUUGAGUUUUUCCCCCGGUAUGCUUGCAUUGUGCCGCGAUUAAAUAGAAAUCAUUGCAUUAAAAUAUUGCAUUAAAAUGCU